CAGUUGCGCAGCAACUAACACAACGUUCAAUUUUUUCGCUCGUUUCCCGCGCUUCUUUCAUGUAGUAUUUCUGGAUGCGAACUUGUGUGAAAGGUACAACGAUUUUCAAGAAAAGUAUUUAUGCAUUACAGAUGCAACAUCGAAUGUCAUUUUAUUCAUCAACAAUUUGAUGCACUGAGCGAAAGCGCUUCCUUAAAUUCACCGUUCAAUUCAGAAAACAUUUUUUUGCCAGAGAGUUAUUUGACAAUGAAUAGUGAUCAAGGAGAUUUACUUAACACUCCACGACGAGCUCAAAAAUGUCUCUUUGCUCCAUCCAAUGGCAAUUCCUGCAAAAAGAAUGCAUCUCAAGAUUCAAACUGUGGCAGAGAUGCAAUUUCAGGAGAAGAUUCAGAUUUGGGACCUAUGUCGCCAUUAGCUCUUACCGAUCGAAGUCCAAGUCUUAGUGACAGUUCUUCAGGAAGAGAAUUCAUCUCACCAUUUGUGACACCUGAAAAAUCUUUUUCUGAUUCAUCUGUAUUUUGGGAUCGCUUAAUAUCAAAGCGUAGUAAGGAUCAUAUGUCGCCUUUCAGUUCACUCAAGAAAACCACUAGAGCUGCUAGAUAUUCGCCAAGAUGUAAACUUACUAGCAACUCAAAAUCAUUGCCAUCUUCUCCACGCAAAUUGAUAGAACCAUCAACGCCACAGCGCUCAAAGAUAAUGAGUGUGACAAUGGAUGAAAUAGUACCAGAAACGCCUCAACGAAGUUUUGCCACAGAAAUACAGAAUCAGAGCAUCACAGAGACACCUCGAAAAAGCAGAACUCCAGAAUGUAGGCAGAUAACACCUUUGAAUUCCAUAAGUAGGACAGCUCCAUUACCAAAACUUCACAGACGAAAGUCUUUUAGUGGGCUUGAAAUGAACGAGAAUUUAUCACCCGAACAAAAAGAGAAUACUUUGAAGAGGCGCGCACACGAUCAAUUGACAGUGAAACCGGCGAAAUUAUUGAAGACGGAUGAUAUUUCUGUGCCUAGAGCAAGAGCAGCGUUGUUUCAAGAGAGAAAGAGCGAAUCUAACAACUUGAAGAAUAUUUCAUUAAGUACUAAAUCAUUUUAUAGUAGCAACGCGAAGACCGAGCGGCCUUUUGUUUUCGGUAAUUUUAGCGAUGUUAAAAGAAGACGAAGUUUGCCGGCGCAGAACAUGAACAGACGUUCGUUAUUAAAGAAGCAGAAGUUCGGUAAAAUAAAUGCCGGCGUGUAUCACGGAAUCAAAAAAUUAAAGAAGCCUAAAGCAAAACCAGAGGUAUUGAAGAAAGAAGAGCAUGUUGCACAGAAUGCCACUUCAAACAAGAGUCCAUCCACAAAUGAAGUUCAGAUGAAUGCAAUUGUGGAAAAAGCCCCUUCACCAGAAAUUGAUGAGAGUAAACGAUUUUUCAAAACUAAGAGAUUGAACAGGUCGAAUCACGCUGUUACUGUGAUGAAUCAGAAGCACAUUCUUGCCACAAAUGUGCGUAAGCAACAAGUGAAAAAUACAGAUAUCUGUUUGGAUACUACAGAUCUAACUGUGGAUGAACCAGAGAUUGAAGCUACAUUAGAACAAGAUAAAGUUAAUAAUCUCUUGAAAAUAUUGGGGGAUGAUUGGGCGGACGAUGAUUAUGAUACAAUGGAAACAUUGACCAAUAAUACAACAAAUAUGAUUUCUCCGCUAAAACCAACGAAAAUGUCAGUCGAAAACGCGAUUAUGUCUCCAGCUACUGAACUCAGUAAUAUGACUUUGACCAUGAACAUAAAGGAUGUUACUUCUGUGACAAACUUUGGAAAUCUUUCGCUUGAUAAUACAGACAGUAAUAAAGAUGUAAAAACUGAUGAAAAUGAUAAAGGAUAUUUUCCAUUGUUCAACAAAGGAUAUUCUGCAUCUAAUAAUAUUUUCGAAGAAACAAAUAAUGUGAAUGCUACAAAAUCAACAAAAAAGAAUAUGAAAUGGCAAUUGUCUACAAAAGGUGGUGGUGCAGAAGAUCAAUAUCAAUUAGAUGCUGGUCAAAAAUCUUUUGGUGCCACUCAAUGCUCGGAAUGCAACAUUGUGUACCAGUUAGGCAAUCCUGAAGAUGAAAACGCUCAUUUAAAUUAUCAUAAUAGUGUACGGACUUUAAAAUUCCAGGGAUGGAAGAACGAGCGUAUUAUAAUGGAAGAUCCUUUUACAUCUAGCAGAAUAAUCUUGGUCGAGCCACGUGAUUCGAAACAAUAUUGGAAGAAAGUAUCGGAAAUUUUGGCCGUUGUAGAUAGAGAUUUGGGAUUAGCGGAUAUGAGUAUGUCAGAUUAUCAGGGCAAAAAGGUCUUGUUGUACAUACGCGAGAAAAACGUUCUUGGAAUAUUGGUAGCAGAACGUAUCCAAACGGCAUUUCGUAUGAUUCCUGAGCUAAUCGAGUUGGACUGUUGUACUGCUGAAUGCUCACCUGCGAAAUGCGGCAUAAACGUUGUCUGGACAGCGAUGAGUCAUCGUAAACAGGGUAUAGCCACUAAACUUGUUGAUACUUUGAGAUCGAAAUUCUUCUAUGGUUAUGUGCUGUCGUUGGAUGAUAUAGCGUUUUCGAUACCGACUCCGAGCGGUAAAAUCUUCGCCGAGAAAUACACGAAAACACGAAAUUUUAAAGUAUACAAUUAACUCUACUUCAUUUGGACUUCAAUACUUUUGUAAUGUUUUUU